UUCCUUCCCGAGUUAAACAAGAAUCUCGUGUUUUUGUGUCCCGUUCUCACUAAUUACCUUGAGCAGCACCUUCCCACAGCUACAGGUAAUUGUUUUCAUCUCCUCCCACUUGUGCAGUGAUCGGAGAGGUGUGAGAGUGGCCAGCCAGCGAAGAACAUGUCUGAGACACGCCUGAAGCAGCUGCGCAUCAAGACUGGGGUGCUGAAGAGGUGCUGCAAGGAGCUCAUCAGCUACCAGAAGGAGGCUGAGCAGAUACAGGAGAAGAUCAAGAAGAUGCAAGAUGAAGGGCAAGAAGUGUAUUACAUCAAGAAGCAGGACUUGUUGCUGCAGGAGACACAAAAUGUGAUCCCAGACUGCCAGAAGCGUUUCAACUCCGCCUUCCAGGACCUGAAGACUCUGGUGGAUGAGGAUAAAUCGCUGGAGGAGUCUGAGGAGUACCAGGCAGCGUCCGCCAGCCUUCAGGACACCAGCAGCCACGUCACAGCCUAGAAUCACCUCCCCAGUGCUUACAAACACUCAUAUCUACGUCACAUACACGGGAUUAUAUUUUGUAGACCUUCAUUUGAGCUCCUAAUGCUGACUUUUGCUUUCGUGCUGUGAGGUGCAAAGAAGAAAACCCAUUGGUGUUUAUUAACCUUAUAUACUCAAGCUUGUGUUGUAGACUACUACUAAAAGUGUAUGUGUUUGUAUGUGUGUGUGUGUGUGUGGGGGCAGGGACAGUUCACGUUUUUCUGCAGUGCUAUAAAAUUGGCGUGGAAAUAUUGGACAGUUUUGUGAUAGAUCAUAAGACAGAUGCAAGUGUGAUAAUUCAUUGCCUUAAAAACCUUCAAGUUUCUAAGCUGAAGCUCCAGACAGUGUUCUUUUGCGUUGCUCUGCUAGCACUAAUCCAAGAGACUGCUGGAGGCUCUGACGGUGUAAUUUUAAGCGACAAUCCAAGUGUCCAUUCCAACCAGCCAUCCACCAUGUCACAGGAACCCCAGAGAGGUGUGAGGGAGCCGCCACUGCCGCUGCCCUCACAGCCUCCUGCAGGACAGAGGGUCACUCAUGGCCAGUCCCCGUACAUUCCAGGGCAAGAGAGAAGUUUAGGAUACAGCCAGCCCAGCGUUCACCCCAUGCACAUCCAUCCCACUGCCUCACCUGGGGACAAUUCAGGGCCUCAUUCAUUUCCUCCACUAGACCAUAGCCUUCCACCACCUCAUCUCCAUGGUAAUCCUCCUCCCAUGUUUGCCAGACCUCCUCCCAUGCCACCCAGGUUCUCCCAGCCUCCCCCAGCCAUGUCUCGCGCACCAAACAUUCCUUACCAAGUUGCAUUCCGGAAUCCUGUGAUGAUGCCCAGGGAAUGCAGUCCUUUGUGGCUCCAGCGCGGCCCCCCACCUGUCCCACCGUGCCCCCCGCUGCAGGGUGACAGAGCACCUGUCUCUGGCGUCCACUCGGGGAUCUCCAAGGGGACAGUUCUCAGGGACGCUGUGGGACAGGAGGAGGAGGACUUGAAGUGGCUGGAAGAGUUUGAGAAGAGAGUCAAAUCUUACCCACCUUCACCGCCACCAUCUGCUGAGUCCACCGCCGGCAAGAAGGUUGUUAAGGUGACUGCUUGUCGUUUUGUUGGUGCCUGCCUUGCAUAUUCCUGUGUCCAUUAAUAAAGAUUUAGCGGCUGGUAGAUUUUGCCUGCGGUAGAGUGGUAAAAAACUACUGGUAAGUUGUUGUGAAGUAGUUAACGGAAUUUGUUAUUGUUUUGACUUGAAAUUAACAAAGCAGCUGAUUUUUUUUAUUAUUUCUCUCAUUGAAACUCAUAUCCUCUGCGCUGUCAUUGUCACGUCACACUCUCCUUCAAACGUAGAUAUGGUUUUAACAGUUUAAUAAAUAGUUGCACAUCUGAA